GCUUUAGCGAAUCGGACUGUUAAUGAUGUCGACGUACGUUUCGCCGGACCGUAAGAUAAGAAAAACUGUUUUAGUGGUAGGCGAAGGCUGCUUCAAGCCAUCCGAAAAUUGCUUUUGCACCUUCACUAUUUCUGAAAGCAAUGUAGAUUUAGAUAAGUAUAAGAGUUACGGCUACAGCGUGGGCGAUAGCGGCGAUGUGUUUGAACGAUACCUGGAUGUGUUGCUACAGACUAUGCUGACCUCGGAAGUAGCCAAAGUCACUUUUCUUACUGGAGAUUCGAAAGUGGAGUUUACAAUCGAGCUGGAGUCGUUUUCGAGGGCUGGAUUCAUCUACGAGUGGGAUCCCACUUAUAAAUAUAACUUGGCGAUGCAACACAAAGUCGCCGGCAACGAUCUGUUUAAGAGUGGCUGUUUUAAGGACGCCUCGUAUCGUUUCAGGAAAGGUCUGAAGAUUCUGCUGUCGAUACCGCUAGACGUGGAGAACCCGAAAUUGCAAGAGCAAUCCAUGGAAGAUGUUUACAGCUUGAUGGUGAACUUUUACAAUAAUCUAGCCGCGUGCAAUCUUAAAGCGAAAGACUACGAUCGAGUGGUCGGGUUGUGCGACAAAGUUCUCUGCUUCGAGGACGGAAACGUUAAGGCCGCCUACAAAAUGGGCGUGGCUUGCUUUGAGCUGCACAAUUAUGAAAGAGCGUUGGAGAUGUUCUCAAAGGUGGCGAUUGCCGAGCCGAACAAUAAAGCUGUUGUUCAAAAUAUCAACAAGACGCAAUCGCGAAUUGUUGAGAGCAACUCGAAGUACGAGUGCCUGGUCAAGAGGAUGUUCAAAUAAUCAUUUCAAGGAAUGUUGUUGU